AUCCGUCUCUUCGCUUUUCAUUUCAUUUCUUUUUCCUCUUUAACUUUCAUUUCUCUCUCUCUCUCUCCUCCCCGAUUUCGCGCUUCUCUUUUCCGGGAUUUCGCCUCCUGGUCUUCACAAUUCCUGUUUCGUUUGUUCUUGAUUUCUGUGGAAUCUGAUUUUACUUCAUCUCAAUUUCGACUUGAUUUAAUUCUUUCAUUCCGUUAGCUCUGUGAAACUAGUUGAUUCUUCAUUCAUCAUUUGAAGUGAUGCGUAAUGGAUUUUCUCGGUAACCAAACAGGCAGUAGCAGAGGAUUUCAUAAUUGCAAAGUGUUUCUUACAUUGAUUUUCCUUUUGCUGUUCUCCGGUGUAUUUGAUUCGGUUGUUGAAGCGCAUGUUCCUCAAGGAUUCGACAACUCCAAUCGCUCUGGUAUUUUCGGAAUCGAAUUGCCGGAAAAUCUUAGCUCCGGUAUUGCUACUUCAUCCGCGAGUGCUCCUUGUAGCUUCGGAAAGGAAGGUGAAGAAGAUGAGACAGAGACUUUAAUGGCGGAUUCAGUGAAACAAUCGGUGAAGCUUCACCUGAAAAAGCGGUCAACGAGUCGAGCGAACGAGCCGAAGGAAUCGAUUACUGAAUCUGCUGUUAGGGAUUUGGCAAGAAUCCAGACGCUUCAUACCAGAAUCGCCGAGAGGAAGAAUCAAGAUACGACUUCGAGAUUGAAAAAGAGCAAUGUCGAGCAGAAGAAGCCAACGGAGGCCGUUUCUCCGGCCGAAUCGCCGGAAUCUUACGCCGAUUACUUCUCCGGUCAGCUUAUUGCGACUUUGGAAUCUGGCGUCAGUCUCGGCUCUGGCGAAUACUUUAUUGACGUCUUCGUCGGUUCUCCGCCUAAACACUUUUCUCUGAUUCUCGAUACUGGAAGCGAUUUGAACUGGAUUCAAUGUGUCCCUUGCUACGAUUGUUUCGAGCAAAACGGACCUUACUACGAUCCUAAAGAUUCAAUUUCAUUCAGAAACAUUACCUGUAAUGAUCCUCGAUGUCAUUUAGUUUCAUCUCCAGAUCCGCCGCAGCCGUGCAAAUUCGAGACGCAAUCGUGCCCUUAUUUUUACUGGUACGGUGACAGUUCGAACACCACCGGCGAUUUCGCGCUCGAAACGUUCACUGUCAAUCUGACCUCGUCGACGACGGGGAAGUCGGAGUUCCGUCGAGUGGAGAAUGUGAUGUUCGGAUGCGGCCAUUGGAACCGAGGUCUCUUCCAUGGCGCCGCCGGAUUAUUAGGGCUUGGCCGAGGGCCUCUCUCUUUCUCAUCACAGCUUCAAUCGCUCUACGGCCAUUCCUUCUCUUACUGUCUCGUCGAUCGAAACAGCGAUACGAGCGUGAGCAGCAAACUGAUUUUCGGUGAAGACAGAGAUUUAUUAACUCAUCCAGAACUGAAUUUCACAUCUCUGAUCGGCGGAAAGGAAAAUCCAGUCGAUACAUUCUACUACCUACAAAUCAAGUCGAUCUUCGUUGGAGGAGAGAGACUCCAAAUUCCGGAGGAGAAUUGGAACCUCUCCGCCGAUGGCGCCGGUGGAACAAUCAUCGAUUCCGGCACAACUCUCAGCUAUUUCUCCGAUCCGGCUUACCGGAUCAUCAAGGAAGCAUUCUUGAGGAAAGUGAAAGGCUAUAAACUAGUUGAAGAUUUUCCGAUCUUACAUCCUUGCUACAACGUCUCCGGCACUGAUGAACUGAAAUUUCCAGAAUUCGGCAUCCAGUUCGGCGACGGCGCAGUGUGGAACUUUCCGGUGGAGAAUUAUUUCAUCAGAAUCGAUCAAUUGGAUAUAGUUUGCUUAGCGAUGUUGGGAACUCCAAAAUCAGCACUGUCGAUCAUCGGAAAUUACCAGCAGCAGAAUUUUCAUAUAUUGUACGAUACGAAGAAUUCAAGAUUGGGCUACGCUCCGAUGAGAUGUGCUGAAGUUUAAUUUAACUCCAUCUCUAUACAUAAUCUUGAUCUUAGCCGGAAGAAGAAGAAUAACACAGUUCUUUGUUGUAUUAUUAAAUUAUUAUCAAUUAUUUUUUUUAGUAUUAAAUAAUUUAAUUUUUCUCCUCGAAAAAAAGACAGAGGAGCCAUAGUGCAUACAGAAAUUGACUGAAUUUGUAGUGAAAAAACAUCAUUUUUUUUUCAUCUAUGAAAUUUUCGUUUAUUUUUCCUUCA